CCAGCCGGUGGGUUGAGUCAGAGACGGGAGGCUGAGCUGGACCCGACAAACCGCCAGCACCGGGGGAACCCUACAGCGGGGAGACACCGAGGCGGAUAAACGACCGGAAGACGGGGGGAAAAAAACCCAUAAAACUUGGAUUUAAAGUGGACUUAAAAAAAAAAAAAAAAAACAGCCGUUUAUCUUCGGCAACCGUUAGCCGUUUUUAGCUACCGCCCCGGAGAAGGAACCGGCUGGCUGGCGGCGGCCGAGCCCACGCCGGUCUGCCUCCAUCAUCCACGCCGAUCCACGCUGACUCGCUUCCCCUUCAGCUUUUCUUCUGGCUCAGCAUCCAUAUUUGCAUCCCAGGGAGUGGCAGGCACCAGUCGCCCCCCACACACACCCACCCUCCUCCGCCGGUGUGGACCUAGAAGUUAGCCGCUCGUCGGACACCUCCCCUCGGAUGGUGUAUUUCCACACGGGAAGAAAAAGGAAAGAAAAUUAGUGGAACAAACUUGAAAUGUUUGAAUUCCAGCUAAGACCAGAGGGAUGUGUGGGUUCUUCUUGAGACGUCGGUUUCUUCUUAGUUAUUAGCUAAACAUGGAGAACGCCGGCCUCUGCUCUGUCAUCUAGUGUCGGAUCCGCAGGCCUCCGUCAACCGCUCCCCAUCCCAGCUGCGUCGCCGCUCCCCGCAGGAUGAACAUGCUGAAGUCCAGCGGGCUGAAGAUCCCCGGCCGCGGGGCCAAGCAUUCCAGCCCGGUGGGAAGGACCUCAGUGGGUGGGACAUCCAGCCCCGUCGCCCCCAAAGACAGCACUCCACUGAAGCCCGUCACUCCAGCUAAAAUCUCUGAGGAGGGCGAUGACGUUUUAGGAGACUACACGGUCGGCGAGCAAGUCUGGGUCAACGGCGUCAAGCCGGGAGUCAUCGCCUACCUGGGGGAGACCCAGUUUGCCCCCGGCCAGUGGGCCGGAGUCAUACUCAACGACCUGGUUGGCAAGAAUGACGGGUCAGUGGGCGGCGUGCGCUACUUCGAGUGCCAGCCGCUGCAGGGCAUCUUCACGCGACCCUCCAAGCUCACGCGACAGCCGGUCGGGGAGGGGAGCGACAGCCACUCCGCCGACUCCGCCCAGAAUCAGACUCAGCAGGGCGGCGGCGGCGGUCCGGCCGGCCAGAGGGUGGUGGUGCCGCUCAGAGAGGGGCUCCUCAACAGCGCCGUGAAGACAGGAAACGAGUCUGGCUCCAACAUGUCGGACAGCGGGUCCGUUAAAAAAGGCGGAGAUAAAGACCUGCGAGUUGGAGAUCGAGUUCUGGUGGGAGGCUCUAAGAUGGGAGUGAUACGCUACAUGGGGGAAACAGACUUCGCCAAGGGUGAGUGGUGCGGGGUCGAGCUGGACGAGCCCCUGGGGAAGAACGACGGUGCAGUCGCUGGGACAAGAUACUUCCAGUGCCUUCCAAAGUUCGGCCUGUUCGCUCCCAUCCACAAGGUGAUCCGCAUCGGCUUCCCCUCCACCAGCCCGGCCAAGGCCAAGAAGAGCAAACGGGUGGCCAUGGGCGUCUCCUCCCUGGCCCACAGCCCCAGCAGCUCCUCCAUCAGUUCAGUCAGCUCGGUGGCCUCCUCUGUGGGUGGACGCCCGAGCCGAGCUGGACUGCUGACGGAGACGUCGUCCCGCUACGCCCGCAAGAUCUCGGGCACCACGGCGCUCCAGGAGGCCCUGAAGGAGAAGCAGCAGCACAUCGAGCAGCUGCUGGCCGAGAGGGACCUGGAGCGAGCCGAGGUGGCCAAAGCGACCAGCCACAUCUGCGAGGUGGAGAAGGAGCUGAGCGUCCUGAAGGCGCAGCACGUCCAGUAUGUUGCAGAGAACGAGAGCGCCCUCCAGCAGGUCCAGGUCGUGUUGGCCAGCACGCAGAAGGACAAGCUGGAACUGGCCAAUCAGCUGGAGGAGGAGAAGAGGAAAGUGGAGGACCUCCAGUUCAGAGUGGAAGAAGAGUCCAUCACCAAGGGAGACCUGGAGGGAAGGCGCAGUCAUGUUGCAGGAUCCUUGAGGUUGGGCAACAGAACCAAGCAAACCACGGUAGAAGAGCAGAGUCGCAUCAUGCAGCUGGAGGAGGAGCUCGCCCUCCGAAGAGCCGAGGUCCAGGACCUCCAGGGUCAGCUCAGACGGGUCGACGCCAGCGCCCAGCCGGAGGCGGCGGGGGCCGACGCCCGGCCGGAGACCCUGGUCCUGCGCGAGCAGCUGCUGACGGCGGGCCGCGAGCACCACAGGGAGAGCAGCGAGCUGAAGGAGAAGUACGAGGCGGCGUUGGCGGCCAGCCAGCAGGAGGUGGACUCGCUGAGGACGAUGGUGGAGAAACAGAGCGCCGAGAUCAGCGAGAUGAGGCUGAAAGUGCAGCGAGCCACCAAGGAGAACGUGGAGAUGAUGGACUCCUGGAAGGCUAAGUUCGACUCUUUAGUUAGUGACCAUCAGAGAUCCUUGGAGGAGCUGAAGGCGUCGCUGAGCAGAGGUCCGUCUGCUCCACAGGGCCAGGAGCAGGACGCCCAGGAGCUGAGGGCCACGCUGGAGAGCCUGAAGAUGGAGCACCAGCUGGAGGUGGAGAACCUGAAGGCCAAGCACAAGAUCGAAGCCGCCAUUCUGACCAAGGAGCGCGAGGACCUCUGCGCUCGGCUGCAGGAGGCCAGAGAGCAGCCGGCCGACGCGGAGGCCCAGAGCGGCAAGGCUGCGCUGAGCGAGGCCUCGCAGAAGCUGCAGAGGGCGGAGGCCAGGCUGGCGGAGAUGGAGAGGCUCCAGGCGGAGCGGGACAAAGCGGCGACGGAGCUGCGCGACAGACUGGAGCUGUCGGAGAAGAGGAUGACGGAUUACCGGGCUCUGCAGAAGGCCCAGGCCGAGAGCAAGGAGGAGAUCCAGAAACUGGAGGAGGAGCUGAGGGUGACGGCCAACCAGCUCCAGGCGGUGCAGGCCGACCGCUUCACGCCUCACGAUGCAAACAUGAUAGAAGAUAAUCAGAUUUCAGAUGAGAAGAUGAAGCUGAAGCAGAAUAUUGAAGAAACAAUGGAGAAGCUGAUGAAAAGGGAAAAAGAAGUCUCUACCCUCACUUCCCAGGUUGAAGCUCUAAAAUCACAGAUUGGAGGCCUGGAAAGUAAAGUUCGCUCUGGGGAAAAGAAGGCGGAAGCCUUAGCCAAGGAGAAGGUGCGCUUGGAGGCCGAGCUGGAGGCCGUGACCAAAAAGUCCCAUGAUGCAUCUGGCCAGCUGGUCAGCAUCAGCCAGGAGCUGCUGAGGAAAGAAAGGAGUCUGAAUGAACUGAGGGUGUUGCUCCUGGAGUCGCACCGUCACUCUCGGGAUAUGGAGAAAGACCUGAGCCGAGAGGUGCACAAGGCUGAAUGGAAGGUCAAGGAGCAGAAACUUCAGGAUGACAUAAAAACCCUGAGAGAAAAACUGCUUCUGCUGGGCCGGGAGCGGUCCUCCCCCGACCACCGGCGCUACUCCAUGCUCGACCCCUCAGCUCUGGACUCGGAGGUGAGCCGCCUGCGCCAGCGGCUGCUCAGUACCGAGGACGCCCUGAGGAAUGCCCUGGAGCACAACCAGCAAGUCGACAACCUUGUCCAGGCCAUGCGCAGACAUCCAGACAAAAGCCAGGUUCUCGGUGCAAAUUCGGCGAAUGGAAUCCAUCACCAGGAAUCAGACGGCACUCAAGAGGAGCGACACUGAUGGCGGCGGCAGAGACGAGGCGGCAACUCUUGGCCGCGAACCCCGACUAUUUCGGGGACCUUCGGACGACGCUCGAGCGAGAACGUCUGCGGACGGGCGCCUGAAAGACAUUUCGGUUUACAGUCGACGAAUACCAAAACAGUGAAUUUAUAUGUUGUCGCUGAAUGCACCUAAAUAGCCAAUCACGAAGAUCACUUAAAGUACUAUAAAGUAUGGGACAUGAAGAGAUAUUAUGAGUAGAAGGAACUGCUGGGAGCUCAGAGUCUGGCAGCUCUGGAUGCGCCGCAUUAGUCAGGAAGCUGCGGGAAACCCCCGUUCUGAUGGACGACAACACCAAGAGCUGACGGACUGACUCUCACUGUCUUUCUUUCUUUUAUUUAUUGCUGUUACUUUCACAUUCUGCUUUCUAAUAAUCCUCCGUGCUGCUCCGAGCAACACCCGAACUAUGACAUUCUUGUGCUGUCUUGACUCAAUCCCGACGAGAACCGGCGUCGGGAACCCGUUCCCCUGAAGUUGAAGCUCCCGCUGCCGCGCACACAAGCAGCAGAGAGAACGUUUUCUUUCUUUAAUCCCCUCAUGACUGUAGGCAGAUUGUAUGCAUUUGAUGAAUUUUAGACUUCCUUUUAUAGCAUCCCUAUAAAUGAACCAAGAGUGGCCCGAACAUUUGCAGAACAGAGUUUGCAGCUUAUCCUCUUUUUUUUUUUUUUUUUUUAAAUCAGUCAUACACAAAAAAAAGUGCAGAAACCGACCAAGAAAUCACUCUGAGCUAAAUAAACUGAUUCACCAGAAGUAA